AGCCAAUCAACGAUCGGCAGGGAGAAAGCGACGUCGCAUCGUUGGGCGGGCCGACACCGGGACGUGGUGGCAGAAAAAGAGAGGGCCGCGCGGCAUUGUCGUCCAGGGCGCGCCACGGGAAACCGCGUCGACCGCCACCGCAAACAGCAAACGCCAUGAAGCCCCCCGGCCGCCUCGCCACCGCCGCGGCCGCCGCGCUGCUCGUCGCGGCGUCGCUGCUCGUCGCCACCCUCCUCACCUCACCGCUGCCGCUGCUGCCGCUGCUCCCGUGCCUGCCUGCCGUCACGGCGCCCUCGGGCGACGGGUACGCGCCCCCCGGCCUCGCCGCGCUCGCCGACGCCGUCCUCUACUACGCCACCACGCCCACCGUCCCGCAGCAGUCGCACGCCGAGAUCUCGCUCUCCCUCGCCGUGCUGCGCCGCCGCGCGCCGCUGCGGCUGCUGGUGUUCGGGCUCGGCCACGACUCGCCGCUCUGGCACGCGCUCAACCCCGGCGGCGUCACCGUCUUCCUCGAGGAGGACCCGGAGUGGUACCGCAUCGUGCGCGCUCAGUCGCCGUUCCUCCGCGCGCACCUCGUCAGGUACCGCACGCGCCUCGACCACGCCGACAUCCUCUUCCGCUCCUACAAGAACUUCCCCUCCUGCGUCCCCGGCGCCGACGGCGACGGCGCCCCCUUGCGGGUCCGCGCCAACGCCGAGUGCCCGCUGGCGCUGCACAACCUGCCGCCGGAGGUGUACCAGAACGAGUGGGACAUGCUCAUGGUGGACGCGCCCAAGGGGUACUUCCCGUCGGCGCCCGGCAGGAUGGCCGCGAUAUGGACCGCCGCGGCGAUGGCACGGGCGAGGCGCGGCGAGGGGGACACGGACGUGUUCCUGCACGACGUGGACCGCAGGGUGGAGAGGAUGUACGCCGAGGAGUUCCUCUGCGAGAGGUUCCGGGUGGGAGCGACCGGCCGGCUCUGGCACUUCAGGAUCCCGCCGGUGUCACGGCGGAACGCCACGGCGGCCGGCGGCGACAAGAGGCCUUUCUGCUGACGAUGCAGGUUUCCGAGGGGCGUUUUUAGGAGAUGGCCUCAUCGGUGCAAGUGUCAAGCCCUGCUGCUGUUCUGCUACCAUGCUCUCUUUAUUGAUUGUACUGUGCAUGUCGGGCACAGCACAGCACACGGUAUGCUCAUGCGCUCAGUUGACAGGUGUAGUAAUUAGGCGCUUUGCUUGCUGCAAAAAUAUACUGUAUGAAAUAAUAAGGGACCUCACGUGUCCUUUUUUUUUUUUUGGGUGAAGGGGCCUGGUAGAAGUGGGUCUGUUUGUUACUCCCUCCGUCCCAUCCCAUAAUAUAAGCAGGUUGUAAGCAUUUGAAUAUUUUAUUUUUGUUGAGUUGAAAAAGAGGAAAAUGAUAGAUAAGAGAAACGGGUUGCAG